CCCAAACGCGGCUCACCUUUUAUCUUUCAUGCCCUCCCGGACCUGUUCCCCCCCCUCUCUUCCCCUUCUCUCCUUCAACUUCUCGCGCUCUCACACACUGUGUGACAACACCCUUUUUACCGCUCUCGAGUCUCGUCCUCGAACUUGGCAUUUCAUCAUCCCCGUACGUCAGCGUAUGCAUCCCUAGCAACAAAUCCCCCGACUCGGCACGCUACAUUGGAAGGCCAUGAGCUUCACAUGCGUGGGCAGCGUGGUGUGGCCGCGCCUGGCUCCUUCGCCGUCGCGCGCCCGACUACGCAUUCGAAAUAGACGAUGGAGCUCGGAUUCAUCAGCCUCUGCCUCCAGGUUUAGCAUCAGAGGGGUCUCGGGAUUGACGGAGAGCUUCUGUCUUGGUCCUAACCAUCCACCAUUACUUCCGCAUACCAUCCCCGAGCACUUUGCUUCCAUUGUCUCGCAACACGGCGACAGGCCGGCCGUCGUAUCCCGCACCCCUACCACUUCCUCGAUCCCGGGCCUCUCAUCAAACGUGCCCGCCGCCCAAGAGACCACACUCACAUACGAAGAGCUGGAUCUCCUUUCCAAUCGCCUCGCUUCAGGUCUCCGUUCUCUCGGCGUAAAGAAGGGCGAUCGCGUCGCCGUCAGCCUCGGCAACUGCGCCGAGUUCGCCGCCCUCACCUAUGCCAUCUUCAAACUGGGAGCCGUGCUCGUGCCCCUGAAUCCUGGCUUCAACGUCCAGCAGGUCACCGCCGCCCUGGCCCACCUCGACGCAGAGCUUCUCAUCAUCGGUGCCGUUACCGACCUCCCCUAUAAGCCUUGUCGUGGCAGAAGCAACGAGCCGCUCCUCCGUAGCCUUGUGCCCAAUCUCCAAGGGGCCCGUCUCGAAUCCCCCGGCGCCCCCUCUCUCAAGACCAUCGUCUUGUUCGACAACCUCGCCUCCCACCCCCUUACGGAAUUUCCCAGCAUCAGUGAGUGUCGCACCCUGACCCCCUUCUCUCGCCUCCUCGAAGCAUCUCGUCACCCUAUCCGGCCCGAUGCCCCGUUAGAUCCAUCCGACACCAUCAACAUCCAGUUCACCUCCGGCACCACCUCCACCCCCAAAGCGGCCAUGCUCACGCAUACCUCGAUCCUCAACAACGGCUCCCUCAUCGCCGGCCGCAUGGGUCUCGUCCCCACCGACCGCAUCGUCGUCCCUCCGCCGCUCUUCCACUGUUUCGGGUCCGUCCUGGGCUACAUGGCCACCGCCACCACUGGCGCCGCCAUCCUUUUCCCCUCCCCGGCCUUCGACCCGGUCGCCACCCUCCGCACACUCGCCGACCACGACGCCACUGGCCUCUACGGCGUGGCCACCAUGUUCAUCGCCGUGCUGGACGUCCUCGCCGCAGGGGGCGCGGUAUCCCCCUCCGACCUCCCCAAGCACCUGACCAAGGGUAUCGCCGCGGGAAGUUCGGUGCCCGAGUCCCUUAUGCGUCGACUCUACGCCACCCUAGGCCUGCAAGACCUCGUGAUCUGUUACGGUAUGACCGAGACGAGUCCCGUGUCGUGCAUGACCGCACCCUCGGACCCGUUCGUCCACCGCACAACCUCGGUGGGCCGGCCGCUCCCGCACACGGCGGUCAAGAUGGUUGACCCGCACGACAGGUCCGUGGUCCUCCCAGUCGGGGAGCGGGGCGAGCUCGCAGCAGCCGGGUACCUCGUCAUGAGGGGCUACUGGGGCGACGAGGCCCGGACCGCCGAGGUGCGCGUUACCGAGACGGAUGGCCGGACCUGGGUCUACUCGGGCGACGAGGCGGUCAUGGACGAGCGAGGGUACGUGUCCAUCACGGGGCGGAUCAAGGACCUCAUCAUCCGUGGCGGGGAGAACAUCCACCCGCUGGAGAUUGAGAAUUGUCUUCUCCAGCAUCCGCUUGUCGGUGACGCGUCGGCCGUGGGCGUGCCUGAUGAGCGGUACGGGGAGAACGUGGCUGUUUUUAUCGUCCCUGCCCACGGGGUCACCGUACGGGGCGGGGAAGAGGAGGAACCCGGGUCGGAGGAGCGGCAGGCUCAGCCGGCGAACGCGGAGAAGGUGUUGACAAAGGAGACGGUCAGGAGGUGGGUGAGGGAAGCCCUUUCUGGGCACCUGGUCCCGAAACACGUCUUUUGGAUUGACGAGUACCCCAAGACGGCCAGCGGGAAGAUCCAGAAAUUCAAGCUGAGGAGCAUGGCGAGGGAGAGGUUGGGCAUCAAGGGGUAGAAGGAGCAUACCCAAGGAACAUCAUGAGCGGGCCACAUGCGUUUGCUUCAAGCUAGGCAUCUGUAUGUAGUGCCUUGGCAGCGCAUAUAUCUUGCAUGUAGUCUUUGUUGUGUAUCUAGCCAUGCCCUUCCAUAGUAUCUAGCCAUGCCCUUCCAUAGAACCCUGUAUAGUCUUCCGGGGUUCUACCAAUCUACCCAUCAUCUACCCUAC